AUGGUAACGUCUCAGGGAAAAAUAGAUAUAAACCAUGCAGUUAUCCAGCUAGAUGUUUUUCAGUACAGGAUGGUGAAGGAAGCACUGGAGGAGCGUGCGAAUCUGCUGGAAAUCGCCCCGCACCUCUCGGCCCCUCUGCCCAUCAUGCUGCCCGUUUACAAGUGGUGGCAGUUGCCGUACUACUGGAUUGGAAUCAAGCUGUACGACCUGGUAGCUGGCAGCCAGUGCCUGAAGAGCAGCUACGUCCUCAGCAAGUCGAGGGCCUUGGAGCUCUUCCCGAUGCUGCGCAAGGACGAGCUGGUCGGAGCCAUCGUCUACUAUGACGGACAGCACAACGACGCCCGGAUGAACCUCGCCAUCGCGCUCACUGCUGCCAGGUACGGCGCUGCCACCGCCAAUUACGCUGAAGUGCUGCGCCUGCUCAAGGCCCCCGACCCGGCCGGCGGGAAGCCGCGUGUCUGCGGGGUGCGCUGCAGGGACGUCCUGACAGGGCAGGAAUUUGACAUCAAAGCCAAAUGUGUUAUCAACGCCACGGGACCUUUCACGGACUCGGUGCGCAAAAUGGACGAUCAGGAGGUCCCCAACAUCUGCCAGCCGAGCGCGGGCGUGCACAUCGUGAUGCCGGGCUACUACAGCCCGGAUAACAUGGGUCUGCUGGACCCGGCCACCAGCGACGGCCGAGUCAUCUUCUUCCUGCCCUGGGAGAAGAUGACCAUCGCGGGGACCACGGACAGCCCCACGGAUGUCACCUCGCACCCCAUCCCCACGGAGGAGGACAUCAACUUCAUCCUGAGCGAAGUGCGCAACUACCUGAGCGCCGACGUGGAAGUGAGAAGAGGAGACGUGUUGGCAGCAUGGAGCGGCAUUCGUCCCCUGGUCACCGACCCCAACUCCAAAGACACGCAGUCCAUAUCCCGCAACCACGUCGUCACCGUUAGCGACAGCGGCCUCGUCACGAUAGCGGGCGGGAAGUGGACGACGUACCGGGCCAUGGCGCAGGACACCAUCGACGCCGCCAUCCAGGAGCACAACCUGAACGCGGGCUCCAGUAAAACCAUCGGGCUGCUGCUGCAGGGGGCCGAGGACUGGAGCCCCACGCUCUACAUUCGGCUGGUGCAGGACUACGGGCUCGAGAGCGAGGUGGCUCAGCAUCUGGCGUCGACGUACGGGGACAAGGCUUUCGAGGUGGCCAAAAUCGCCCAGGUCACAGGGAAGAGGUGGCCAAUUGUUGGGAAGCGUCUGGUGUCUGAAUUUCCUUAUAUUGAAGCUGAGGUGGUCUAUGGCGUGAAGGAGUACGCCCGUACCGCAGUGGAUAUCAUUUCCCGACGCACUCGCUUGGCCUUCCUGAACGUGCAGGCGGCGGAGGAAGCCCUGCCAAGGAUCGUGGACAUCAUGGGGAAAGAGCUGAACUGGAGCGAGCAGAAGAAGAAGGAAGAACUCGAAACUGCUCGGAAAUUUCUCUAUUACGAAAUGGGCUGCAAGGUGAAAUCGGAUCAACUGACGGACAGCUCCGAGAUCAGCCUGCAGCCCGCGGAUAUCGAGAGGUACAAGAAGCGCUUCCGCAUGUUUGACAAGGACAAGAAAGGGUUCAUUACCAUCCUGGACGUGCAGCGUGUCCUGGAGAGCAUCAGUGUGCAAAUUGCUGAGAAGACGCUCCACGAUAUCCUGAACGAAGUGGAUCUGAACAAGAACGGGCAGGUCGAGCUCAAUGAGUUCCUGCAGGUGGGUGCUUCUGUUACCAAGCCCUAG